UCUUAACCCCCCAAAAAAUCUUCUCCAUCACGAUUCAAUUCAAAUUCCAUAUCCAUCCCCUGUUUCCAAAGUAUUAAUUCAAAGAAAAAGAAAGGUUCUUUGAAGCAUUGGGAUGCUCUGAUUGAUUCAAAGAUUUAAAGCAAAAAGCUUUGAUUGGGGAUUUUUUUGAGUAAAUGGGUGUUGGGCUUCAUGGCUUUUGUGCUCUAAGCCUCUGCUUUUCAUCUUGGAAAAUCAAAAGAUUUUGUAGUGUGUUGGGGCAAUAUGAGGAUUAAGAAUAGGGUCGGAAAGCAGAGGAGGGGUGAGAUCAGGCGGAAUCUCGGGAAGAUUAUGAAGUGUAUGUGCUCCGGGGAGCAGUCAGGAGCAGCGGAUGAAAUGGUUCCUUCAUCAGAGUCACUUGCAACCAAGGAUUAUUCAGAAACUGCGAUUUUUUCUGAAGCUCGUGAGUUUGAAAAGAAGCUGGAUACCGGAAAUUUAGAAGAAGCUGAAUCAUCUCUACGUGAGAGUGGUUGUUUAAACUAUGAGGAAGCAAGAGCAUUGUUAGGAAGAUAUGAAUAUCAAAAGGGAAACAUAGAAGCAGCUCUUCAUGUAUUUGAAGGGAUAGAUAUUACUGCAGUGACUCCCAAGAUAAAACAAACCCUUGCUCGAAGAGGGGAACGUCAUAAGAGACAUUCUCAAAAUUAUGCUACACAACCUAUGUCUAUACAUGCUGCCAGCUUACUCUUGGAAGCAGUGUUUCUCAAAGCAAAAUCAUUGCAGGGUCUUGGGAGGUUUAAAGAAGCUGCUCAGUCUUGCAAAGUUAUUCUGGACAUAGUUGAAUCUUCAUUACCAGAAGGCUUGCCUGAAAACUUUGGUGCUGACUGUAAAUUGCAGGAGACUCUAAACAAGGCUGUCGAGUUACUUCCAGAAUUAUGGAAACUUGCUGAUUCUCCAAAUGAAGUAAUCUUGUCAUACAGGCGGGCACUCCUCUAUCCUUGGAAUCUUGAUGCAGUAAGUACAGCAAAAAUCCAGAAAGAGUUUGCCAUCUUUCUUCUGUACUGUGGAGGUGAAGCAAGCCCCCCAAAUCUCCGAUCUCAAAUGGACAGUUCAUUCGUCCCCAGAAACAAUAUAGAAGAGGCUAUACUUCUGUUUAUGAUACUAUUAAGAAAAGUUUCUCUCAAGAGAAUUGAGUGGGAUCCAUCAAUCCUGGAUCACCUUUCAUUUGCUCUAUCUGUGGCCGGAGAUUUGAAGGCUUUAGCUAAUCAAGUAGAAGAAUUGCUUCCUGGAAUUAUUUUUCGAAAAGACAGGUACCAUACUCUGGCUCUUUGUUAUUAUGGAGCAGGGGAGGACUUGGUUGCUUUGAAUCUACUUAAAAAAUUGUUGAGUGGGAGUAAGGAUCCAAAAUGUGUUCCGGCUUUAUUGAUGGCAUCAAAGAUUUGUGGAGAAAACCCUAAUCUUGCUGAAGAAGGGAUAAGUUUUGCUUGCAGAGCCCUUGGCAGUUUGGAUGGUGGAUGCAAUCAAUUGGAAAGCAUUGCCAAAUUUUUAUUAGGUGUCUUGUUUUCAACACAUUCGAAAUCUGCUGUUGCUGAUUCAGAGAGGGUAACAAGAGAAUCUGAGGCAGUUCAGGCUCUGGAAACUGCUGGCAGAAUGACAAGAAUGAGUGACCCCAAUAUUCUUUACCAUCUCAGCCUGGAAAAUGCUGACCAAAGGAAGUUGGAUGCUGCACUUUAUUAUGCAAAGCGCUUGCUAAAAUUGGAAUGUGGGUCUAAUAUCAAAGGGUGGUUAUUACUGGCCCGGAUAUUAUCAGCUCAGAAACGGUUUGUGGAUGCUGAAACUGUUAUUAAUGCUGCACUGGAUCAGACUGGAAAAUGGGAUCAGGGAGAACUGUUGCGGACCAAAGCUAAACUUCAAAUUGCACAGGGUCUGUUAAAAAGUGCCAUUGAUACAUAUACCCAGCUUCUUGCUGUUCUUCAAAUUCAGAGUAAAAGCUUUGGCUCGGGGAAGAAGCUUCUCAAGAGAAGCAGAACUCGUGCUAAGAGUUUGGAAUUGAAAGUAUGGCAUGAUCUUGCUUAUGUCUACAUAAGCCUGUCUCAAUGGCAUGAUGCUGAGAUUUGUCUUUCCAAAUCUGAGGUCAUCUGUUAUUACUCUGCUUAUAGAUGUCAUGCCACAGGCGUACUUUAUGAAGCAAAGGGCCUCUACAAAGCAGCUCUAAAAGCUUUCAUAUAUGCUUUGGAUAUUGAUCCCACCCAUGUUCCAAGCUUGAUAUCCACAGCUGUGGUUCUCAGACAGCUUGGUAACCAAUCACAUGCAGUUGUGCGAAGCUUACUGAUGAACGCGUUGCGGCUCGACAGAACGAAUCAUUCGGCGUGGUAUAAUCUCGGUUUAUUUUAUAAAGCCAAGGGUACUGCAUCAUCAUCUCUAGAAGCCGCUGAAUGUUUUGAGGCUGCAGCAUUUCUUGAAGAGUCUGCACCAGUUGAACCCUUCAGAUAACUGGUUCGACGUUAACGUCUCAUAUCUGUAAAGCAUCAAAAUCUUCUCCUCUCUUCCACGACUGUCUUCUCAUAUGAAUCUUCAUGAUAUGUUCUGAUACACAAGUGAAAAGCAAUAAAAAGAGAAAGUUCAGUUCCUGAGGUUCAGUUACAGCUUUUGGACUCCAUAAGCUGGUGAGGAUUAGUGGAUAUAGGAAACAAGUGACCAACUCAAUUACUUGCAUGGAACAGGAAGCUUUUGAAGCCUCAACAACGUACUCUCACAUGGGUGUACUUGGUAGACAACGUUUGUGAUCCUCAAAAUGAAUACUGUAUGUAUUGUUUCUUUACUGUAGGAACUAGGAAGGAAUCGUUAUCACAUUCCACCACCAGGUGAAAUUAUAGUGCAAAUUUUAUCGGUUAA